UCCUUUCCCAUGGACACAUUUCCAGAGAGAGUGUUGAGUACACACAGCAGACAAUGGAGUCUGCAGUGGAAAAAGUGAAAACAAUGGAAGCCAACUUUGGAGGAACUGAAAUUUUGGCACCCCUUCGUGACAUUUUUGGAAAAGCCUGCAAACCAGGAUACCCAAGACAGCUGUUUGUAUUUACUGAUGGUGAAGUUGGAAACACAAUUCAAGUCAUUGACGAAGUGAAGACAAAUUCCUCCUCACACAGAUGCUUCACAUUUGGAAUUGGAGAAGGCGCCUCUACAGCCCUUAUUAAAGGAAUGGCCAAGGCAGGGACUGGUCACUUUCAAUUUGUCUCUGGAAAAGACAGAAUGCAACUAAAAGUAAUGCAGAGCCUGCGGUUCGCUUUGCAGCCUGCAGUCACCAAUAUUAGCCUGAAUUGGCACCCCCCAGGUGGAAUGGAGGUAGCCCCAAUAUCAGAAACACCUCUGGUGGUGUUCAAUGGUCAAAGGACUGUUCUGUAUGCACAACUCAAAGGCAAGGCUGAUGAGAAUGCAGUAGGAUGUGCUUCUUUACAUUACACCCUCUGUGACAAAGAAUACAAAGCAGAAAUACAUUUUGGGCUUAAACAUGACAAGCAUUGCAGGCUAACUGCUCACCGCCUGGCUGCAAAAUCAUUGAUGAAAGGAAUGGAAGAUAAAGAGAGACCUGGAAGUGAGGGUGGGGAUGAAAGUAUAAAAAAGAAAAUUAUAGAGAUUAGCACAGAGGCCAGAGUUAUCUCAACUCACACAGCAUUCAUUGCAAUUAACAAAGAAAAAAAUGAGGCUAUUCAGGGCCCUAUGGUCAAGCGACGUAUUCCAUUCGCUGGUUUUAAUUCAAUGGCAUUUUGUUCAGGAGCACCAAUGAUGAUGGCUUGUGCAAUGCCCAGACGUGCAAAGGCCCGUCCACCCCAACCUAAAAUGAGGUUUCAGAAACAGUGUGAUUUUUACUCUCGUAUGCCAGAUGUUUGUGCAGAAAUUGAAAUGAUACCGGAGAGAACUGACCCCUUGUUAAAUCUGGUUUCCCUUCAAAAUGCUGAUGGGUCUUGGAAUCUAGAGAAAGGAUUGAUGACUUUAUUUAGUAAGACAGAAAAGGAAGUGCUGCAGAAAAUGCCAGUAGAGAUAAAGGACAAAUCAGUUUGGGCAACAUUUCUGGCACUGCUUUGGCUCCAUGGUUUUAAUUCACAUCAAAAGGAUGAGUGGGAAUUUGUGGCUCUAAAAGCAGUUUCCUGGAUUAAAGCACAGACGAGCUUAAAUCCUAAAUUGUGCCUACAAGCUGGAAAUGACUUGCUGGGAUGUCAGGUGGACCUGCAAACACUGGCCCUGUAACCCUAAGAUGCAAAACAUGAUUUUGCAAGCAAAUGUGGAGAUGCAUUAUAUAUUAUGUUAAGAAUUUAGUGCUUCAAAGACUUGGCUUUCUAUUUCUGCUUCUACCUGACUUGGCUAAAAGAAUCCCAGGAUUCUCACAAUAUCUGUUUCUGUAACAUCUUUCUAAAUCUAUGCAAAUAUGGAGGUAAGCAUUGACCCAAUAAAGCAAAAUGGCUAAGGCUCUUCAUGAA